AAAUUCGUCCGGGUGAGAAAAUUGUACACUCUCCACCUGAAACUAACUUUGGAGAGCCGAGUUUUAGGUAGAGAGUGUAAUAGAGUUAAAAAUGAUGGAAUAAGAUCACUUCAAGACGAACUCGGCUUUAAAAUGUUUCUAGAAAACGAAAAACAUACAAAAGACCCAUUCGCAAGCUGAACAACAUAAAAUUGAGAUAUGCAGCAAAAUACCAAAUUGCCGAGCUAGGUUUGUCAUGUCGUUUGAUUCUUCCAGAAC